CUCGCCACCAAUAACCUAUCAGACAUAAUACCACCACAAUUACGGAAUCCAUCCCAACGAAAUCUAACGAGCAAGUAAACAUGGUCAUCCACGCGACCGGCGGCUCCUUUGACUUCCUCGGGUCGUGCUGCUUCUGCAUCCCGUGGAAGCCGUGGAAAUCGCGCGCACCCUCUCCUCCGAACUCUCCGGCGUACCGCAGCAAACGCUACAACGCCCAGGUCCGGACCAACCUAAACCUGCCCGCACGGCCGAUAGAGCUACUUACGCGCACUCGGCUUGAUGAGAGCACCGGCAACAGCGAGGCCGGCAGUCAGACCAUGCUCCUAGGCGAGCACAGACGCCCUGUUUCUCGCCCUGUUGCUCCAGUGCCAAGUCUACCACCCUCAACACUGUCACGAGCGCCAGGCAGCACCGGCACGCGACGCAGCAAUGGCAGCGCGACCAAGAACCCCCCGCGCUGGUCAACGGAGCCGCUUGACGACGCGCAGCUGACGGAGCUUUUCGACGCUAUCCACGCGACGUUGGCUCACGUGCCGUACGCCAUCUGCGGCCUGGCGGCCCUGGCGGACCACGGGUUCACAGAGCGGCGGGUGCGCCGCGGUAUUAGCCUGUUAUGCCCGGCACACUCCAAGAACAACGUGCGGGCGUGGCUUGCCGCGAGCGGCUACGGCACCGCAGACGAGUACGCCGACUCGGUCGGGAUUCCGAUCCGGACGCGCCGCGCCGUCGAGGCCGCCCAGCGCAAGGGCAAGGGCAAGAAGAAGGCUCGACCCGGGCAGGAUGCGGAGGAGGAGGGAGACGACAGCGAGGCGGAAACCGAGAUGCGCCGCGUCCGCAUCAAGUACCUCGAGGAGGGCUUCGAGUCCCUGGAGCUCGUGCGCUCGUGCCACAGCCAGGCCUGGGUGCUGAGCCUGACAAGCCAGCUCGACCACGUCGCAGCUGGGUUCGUCGACCACCACCGGAGGCUGCAGGCGGUUCGCGCCGCGGCGGGCCGCAGCCGUGGCGGCAGCAGCCGCUACGGCGGCAAGGGCGGCAGAAGCCGGAGCAACAGCGCAUGGAAGGAGAAGGAGCGGCUCGACCGCGAGCGCGAAAAGGAGGAGCGUGCGCUAGCAACUAUCGCUGGCGACGUGUUCUGGUGCCUGAACAAGGCCGCGUCAGCGCGAGCGCCGCUGAGUCCGGCACGACUACCGACGCUGCUGGGCGAGGCGUUCUGGACGCCGUUCACAGCGACGUACGGGGCAGCGGCGCGACCGGCGCUGGCGCGGGCGGGGAUCGACGUGGCGGGGGUGCUGGCACGACACCGGGAGGAGGCGGCGGUGCGCGAACACGAGGAGAUGCUGCGGCGGUACAUGGACGGCGGCGACGGCGGCCAGGAGAGAGAGGUGCGAGGGCUUGGUGGUCGGCCCGUCGGCGCUGCCACCCCAUCGCCACCCUUCGAGGGCAUGCGCACGCUGCUCGCCGAUAAGCGCAGUGUGUACACUCUGCGCGACACGCGUGAUUUCUCCGGGUACAACUUCUCUCCAGUGUCGCCCGUGUUCGUGCCGUACACUAACCCGUUAGGCGGGCUACCGUCAGUGCGGCUGGGGCCCCAGCAGGAGGAGGAGGAGGAGGAGGAGGAACAGGGCAAGCAGUCGCCCGAUCUCGAGUACGAGUCGGAGCCCGAGCCCGCGCCCGAGUCCGAGCCGCAGCAGUCGCAGGACGAGGGGAGCAUGGAGGAAAAGGACCGCAGAGACGGCGCGAGAGCUAAGCCGGUCAACCGGCUCAUCCGCAAGUGGAACAGCCUGCGGGAUGUCGGCGGUGACACUGCCGCCGCCGCCGCCACGAAGUCCUCGCCGCUCGACCAGGGGCGUAGCCUGACGCGGAACCGCAACACGUGGGACCCGUCGCGGGGCGGCGAGAACAGCAGACCAAGGUUCUGA